UGUGCCGUUGGACGGAUACGAAGCAGUAGCAAAAUCUAAACAAAACGCGCCACGCGCCCGCAGCCUAUAAAAAAGCCGUGCACGGUCAGUGUUGCAGUUCAGUUAAUUAUCAAAUUUCCAUACAGUGCAGUGAGUUUGCUGUGGGCAGCUGGUGUUGAAUGUGGUGGGAAAUGGAUAGCGAAAACCAGAAGAUUAGCGAGCAAGCGCUCAAUACGGCUGAUAUCUACAAGGGACUGUCCCUGCCGAAGCGUAUCGAUAGUCCCUAUCAAUUCUCUGGCUACGGUUCGCAGCAGGAGGGGCGCAAUCCCAUCUAUCGCACCUCGAACGCUGACUACGGGUACUAUCCACCGUGUCCCCAUACCGUGCCGCAUAAAUAUUUUCCCAAGUCGCACAAAUUCACCGGCCAUCUAUAUCAGUGCGGUAUGUUCCGCAACUACUCGCUCAAUACUGCCGUGGAUCGUCCGUAUUGUAAGUUCAACGAAUAGUGCGGGGAAGCGUUUGCACCAGCACUAGAGGACUUUUGCUUAUAUCUUCCCCUUUUGAUACCAUCUACUACUUAUCAACUGAGUUCAGAGUGCAACAAACAUGUGAACCUAGCAUCAGUAACUUUCACUUCAAUCGAUUGCAUCGAAUAUUAACCUAUACGCUUCGUGAACUUUGUAUUAAUGUGUUCUUAACUGAAAGGAAUUUGCACGUUAAUAAAACAUUCACCUCUCUAUCAAAA